UGUGUUACUUUUAUUAGGUAAAGGAAAAUAAAAUACAUUUUUUACAUCAUAAUGGGUGCCUAUUUAUCUGCCCCUAAUACUGAAAAGAUUUCUCUUGAUGAAUCACAAGGCCAGUAUCAGUUUGGAGUCUCUGGUAUGCAGGGAUGGCGCAUGUCAAUGGAAGAUGCUCAUUGCUGUCUACCUGAUAUUGAUGGAAAAAACAAUGCAUUGUUCGGUGUUUUUGAUGGGCAUGGAGGCAGAGAAGUUGCUGAAUAUUGUGCUCAAAACUUCGACAAAUUUUUACUUGACAAUGAGUCUUAUCAAGAAGGAAAGAUAGAUGCUGCAUUGAAAGAAUCUUUUAUGGCAAUUGAUGAAGCAAUUACUAGCAAAGAGGUUAUAGAAAUAUUAAAAACACUUGGUGGACUUACUGAAGAAGAAAAUGAAGAGGAGGAAGAUGAAGCUGCUAUGCUUCUUGAAGAAGCACACAUGCCAUUAGAAGAAUUGUUACAAAAAUUCAAAGGCAAUGUUAAAGAAAAACUAGUAGAAAAUGAUAUUUUACUUGAGAAGGAAGAAGAAAAAGAACCUGUGGUUAAUGGUAUAAAUGGACAUGAAUCAUUAAAUUCUUCCUCAAGAUCUCGCAAACAAAGGAAACCAGUAAAAAGGAAUCUUGAUGGCGAUCAAGAUAGUUCGUCAGCUGCAACCACCAUUGUGGGUGGAAGCUCUUCCAGUUCUGCCACAGCAACCGAAAGUGUAUCAGAUUCUGCCUCGAAGAACACUACAGAAGAAGUCUCCUCCGUUUCACUUGUAGCAGACUCUUCAUCAUCCAGCACCAGCGCUGCUACUGAAGACUUGAACUCUUUGGCAGGCUCCAGUUCAGGAAAUACAGUAGAUAGUAAAAGUAACGAUGACCCUGAUUUUAACGCUGAAGAAAAAGAUGGUGAUGAUGAAGAGGACAGUGAUAAUGGGGAUGAGGAUGAUGGUGAGGAGGAUGAAGAAGCAUCAGAGUCAGAUAGUGAAGAGGAGUUUGAAGAUAGUGAGGGAGUAGAAUUUCAGCAAGGAUCAGACGAGGUUGGAAAAGACAGCGGAACAACAGCUAUUGUGGCGUUAAUUCACAAUAAAACGUUAUACGUUGCCAACGUUGGCGACUCGAGAUGCGUGUUGUGUCGAAAUGGUAAAGCUAUGGACAUGUCAGUGGAUCACAAACCGGAAGACGAAAUAGAAAAAAAUAGGAUAGAAAAAGCGGGCGGCAAGAUAACAAUGGAUGGGCGUGUCAAUGGCGGUUUAAACUUAUCUAGGGCGAUCGGCGACCAUACUUAUAAACAAAACAAAGAUUUAUCACCCGAAGAGCAAGUCAUAACUGCUUAUCCUGAUGUUAAAUCAAUAGAACUCACUUCCGAUGAUGAUUUUAUGGUACUGGCUUGUGACGGUAUUUGGAACAUGAUGUCCAGUGAGGAAGUGAUAAAUUUUGUAAGGGAAAGAAUCAACGAAAAAUCAGAAGAACAAAUAAAAUUGUCAAAAAUAUGCGAAGAGUUGUUUGAUCACUGCCUAGCUCCAGACACAGACAACGACGGGUCUGGUUGUGAUAACAUGACGUGUACCAUCGUACGAUUUAAACACGACAGUGAGAAAACAUCAACGUCACAAAAAAGGACACUGGACAGUGAUGUAGACAGAGAGUCUAAGAAGGCGAAACUGUCAAGCAUGGAUUGAUCUAUAUCAAAAGUAAAUUAUUCUAUGCUGAAGAUAUAUAGUAACUUUUACAAAGUGAUCCAAUGGGGACAUCCAGAUUAAUUGAAAACUUCAACGAUUUAUCAAAGCAACAUUUCGAACUCACUCUGAUGUAUGAACGUUACAAACAUUUUUCAGGUUUACCACAGUUUUUCACUCCAAUGAUAUGUGUAUACACGUGGUGUUUUUACAGCGAAAUAUAGUUUUUAAUCGAUA